AGCUCAAGUUGGUUGUGUUCAAACGGAUGCGAAAUCAGUGUGUGUUUCUGUCGACACUAAAACACGCUCCCUCAUACAAAAAAACAAUAAACAAGCUCCCUUUUCAUGCCUUUUCUCCUCACCUUCUUUCUGUGUCCAAAAAUCCAACAAACCCCACGUCGGUUUCUCUCUUAUUCUCCUAACCCAUCUCCAGAUCCGUCUCCUUUUGUCGUAAUUACUCGUGAUUAGAUGAUUUAUUCAUAAAGAUUCAUUCUUUCGAGUUCACAUAAAUUUAUAAGCGAGAGAGAUGGCGGGGGCGGUGGUGAAAGUGAAGAGAGAGAUACUAGAAGCAUGCAUGACAUGCCCUCUUUGUAACAAGUUAUUUAAUGAAGCUACAACGAUCUCUAAGUGUCUUCACACUUUCUGCAAGAAGUGCGUAUAUGAGAAGCUCGCAGAUGAUGAAGUGGAUUAUUGUCCUGUAUGCCAUAUUGAUCUGGGCUGUCUUCCUGUGGAGAAGCUAAGGGCAGACCACAAUCUCCAAGAUAUAAGGGCUAAAAUAUUCCCGUAUAGAAGAAGAAAGGUUCAAGCUCCUGAAGUUAUGCCUUCUAUUUCUCUACCAGCUAAAAGGAAGGAAAGAUCACUAUCAUCAUUGGUGGUCAGCACUCCCAAAGUGCCGCUGCAGACUGGCCUGACUGGAAAGAGGACAAAAGGCAGUGCAAGAAAGGCUGCUGCUUUACGAGGAUGUGGUUUUGUUACUGAGGACAAGAAGGAAGAUUCUGCUGAAGAUCGUCCAACGAGAUCAAGCUCACCGGAUUCUUUUGUUAAAAUUACACAAAAUAAAAGGCAGGAUUCUUGCAAGGCUGAGCCUUAUAAUGAGCAAAGGGCUUAUGAGGAUACUGAGAAUGAUGUUGAAAUGAUGGAAGGGAAAGCUGAUCUCUGGACACCCUUAAACUGUCUUGUUGAAGCUGCGAACAGAACCAAGUCCUCCAAGUCAAGUUCACAAGGGCUUUCUCUUGUCAAAUCAGAUCUGCAAAAUGCCGCUGAUUCUGAACUAUAUAUGCCUGAAACCAAAUCCAAAGUAGAUUUGCCAAAUGCUCCUGGCAGUGAAGUAUGCUUGCCUAGAUCCAAACUGAAAGAGCACGGACAGAAUACAAAAUUCCAUGAUGACAAGAAUGGAAAAAGUUUACUUUCAGGACCUGUGAAGCGUAGAAGGUUGCGUGCAGCAGCAAAGAAAAGGGAUGCUGAAUCUAGUGAGUUGUGUGCUGCAGCAAAAGUCAUGCUAGAUGCUUCAGGAGCUAAGCAUAAAAGAAGGAACAGUCCAGUCUGGUUCUCAUUAGUUGCCUCAGAAGAUCAGAAAGAUGAUGCUUGCUUGCCACAGAUCUCAGCAUGCUACUUGAGGAUAAAGGAUGGUAAAAUGCCUGUCUCAUUUAUUCAGAAGUACCUUGUGAAGAAACUCGAUCUCGACAGUGAAGCUGAGGUGGAGUAUUGUGCGGGGCCAGCCGUGCUUCCAACAUUGCAGCUUCAUAACUUAGUAGACCUGUGGUUUCGGACAGCAUCAACAGCAAAGAAGGUACCUGCAUCCAUGGGCUCUUCGGCUAAGGACUUUGUAAUGGUCUUGUCAUACUGCAGAAAAGUCCUCGUCCCAUGAAACUCUCCUGCAAAUUAUCUUUUACUGUAUCAGUUAUAUAUUUAAGUUAUAUAUAUAUUAUUAUAAUAUUGUAGAAUCAUCACAGCUAUAUGGACUAACAAUAUGGGGUUUGCUACUCAUUUGUGUUUGUAUCAUACCCAAUAUUACACG